CUCUCUCCAUUUCUCGCUUUAUGGAGGGAAAACUUUAGAGGACCACUAUUGUCGACGAGGCUUCCCUGCGCUGUGAGCCAAAUGGCUCUUAAGGGUUUCCUUCACAGAGUAGAUUUGGAAGAGCCCUUGAUAAUCCCAAAGCAUCUGACUAAUAGAAGCAACGGAUCGGAUAAGAGUUGUAGCCGUUGUUUGAGUGGGACCUGCUUAAUCAUGUUGGAGAUUAGAUCACAGAAGGUCGGACCUAGUGAUUGUCGAAGUCUUGAUAGUAACCAGCAUCAAUCUGGUCGAUCUGCAAAGGCCUCAAUCGGAAUCACAGUUGAGAAAUCCCCUACCGUGGCAUCUGGCGUUGGAAAAAAAGAUGCUCCUGCACUGCAUUCUGCAGAUAUACAUUCCUCGGCAAAAGGAAUGGGUGUAGGUGAUCAAAGCCGACCGCAUGGUGAAGUAAACUCUGAAAUAACAAAAGUGGAACUUAAGGGACAAAAGAACUCAGAGUGCUUACCAUCAAGGUCCUCAUGCUGCAAGACAUCAAAUGCAGAUGCAAGCAAGUUUUAUUUGAAUCAGUUACCAGUGCUACCUUCUGUAGUUUCUAUACACAAAAAGGUCUAUGAGCACGAUAGAGAGCAACGUGGAGAUGCCUAUAUAGAUCAAGGACUUACAUUUGUCUCAAUGAAGAAAACAAACUUAUUAGACCAAGAAAUCAGCGGAGAACCAACUGUACAACCCUAUAAGAGCACCACUGAUGGACUUAAAAUGAAGCUCUGGGAGAUCCUUGGUGGUGCUCCUUCACAGAAAGAGAAUAGCAUAAAUUCUAAAAAUAUUGAUAUGGGCAAAGAAAACGUUUGCGUGGAAUAUAACCGAGGAUUACAGAAGGGUAGAGCAGCCAGAACUAAACCGAGUUCAGAUCCAAUCGAGACUGAUUCAGACAGCCCUAAUCAAACCAUAAGGAGACCUGCUACUCGUUCCAUGACCAGGAAAAAAAUUUCAGUUAAAAUAGGGAAAAAAUUGGAUGACGCUUUAAACAAUGGCAAAAAGCCUUUGUCAUCCACAUGUUCAGAUUGUAAACUUAAAGCCAAAGAGAACCUCAAAGGGAGCGGUCAUGAGAACAUUUUAUUUUCCUUCGGUAGAGAUGACCAAGGAAUGCAAAACCAGAGUGCGUAUGCGAAGAGUGAGGCUGACAUUGAGUUCAGGAAAAUAAGCGGAUCUGUUUCUGAUAUUAUUCCUAAUGUUCAAACAAACUUUAAGUGUAAGGACAAAGAAGACAUUUUUUCCUUUGCUUUAGCAGUAGGAAACAAGAUAACUUCAGUGAAAAGUGCAAAUGCUCAGUUCGAAAAGUUUAAUGAGAAGAGAAAUGCUGCCAUUGAGAAGGAGGCGAUUUAUGUUCCCAAUCUAUCUUGUUCAAAGAGUACUCUACAAAAAAAUGAAAAGAAUAAAUCAUUUCCAUCUGCUAAGGUGCUGCAAAGCAUGAAUGAUAUUGAGAUUUCUCCCUGUAUGUCCUGUCCAAGCAAGACACAAUCCUUGCAGCCAAAAACUGCUCAAAAUGAUACUCAAAACUCCCAAAUGAAUGCACAAAACCUAUCUGGCAUUCCAUUUGUGCUUGAAGCUGUGGCUUACGAAAAUACUCAAAGCUCACUACUGAAAAAGGAAAAAAGAUCACGUGGACCUGUGAACAGUUCUGCAAUGUCAAAGUUUGCAUCCCAACAUGAUAAAGCUACCCGUUCGCCAGUGACUAGUUCAGCAGAUACAGCAGAUGAUUUGCAGAGUCCUACAUUAGCAGGCAAAGUGACUACAACUACUUCAAGUAGACCAUCAAAUGAGAUUGUUGGUAGCCCAUUACAAAGUAGGAAAAUAGAAUUUACUUGGAACUUUAAUAAUUCUGAUAUCAUGGAUAACAAGUCAAGAUCCUGCGGUUCAGGAACAAACACAGAAUCCUCUGAUGACACAAAAGAGGUUUAUGAAUCACGAGAAGAGGAUUCUACAUUUAUGGAUGGAAAUGAAACUAAAGAACAACUGUCAUUAUCACCAAAAGCAAGGCAUGAUUCUGAUAGCUUUGGAGCAGAAGAAUUAAAGAUCAAAGGAUUCAGACAAACAAGGAAAUGGUUUCCAAGUGUUGACAAUUUAGACAAAACUCCGCCCAAGCUGCAUAAAAGAAGAAGGGUUCAUGGUCCUAAAGAUGCCAAAUUUAGUGAAGGAGAUGAAACCAAUGAUUUGCAUGAGGCUUCAGAGCAAUCUGUAGAGGAUAGCUUAGCAAGGGCAGUGAGCCAGUUGGCUUUAGCAUUGAGAAGAAUCAACUCUAAGAUACAAUUACACACUAGCAAGAAAAGCUGUGAGAUUAUUUCUGCUGUGGCAGAGAAAAUUAAGCAGCAGCUUCAGGAUUUUGAUUCUAAGAUACAGGAAGACAUGGGAAAAUUCAGUGCCGCCAGCAAAUCCAAAAGGAAACACCUAGAAUCUCGAUUUGAAGAGCAUCAAGAAAGGCUCGGGUUAAUUCAUGAGAAGUACAAAGAAGAUUUCAACCAUCAGCUUCUGAACUGCAGCAGCACCCUGGAGGAACUAGAAGCACAGAACGUUGAGAUUAAAGUAACUUCAGAUCGGCAAAAAGUAUUGCAUAGGAAGCUUCUUUUGCAGAUUGAAGAAACAAUGAAAGAUCAGUUAAAUGUAGCUGAAACAAGCAUCACAGCAAUCAGAAAGGAUGCUAGAAAAAGGUUGAACAGCUUGAAGUUUGCCUUGAAGGAGUGGCUGAGUGACGGAGCAAUCAGUUAAGCAAGUUCCUAUGCUCGGUAUAGCCAAAAGCCUGUAAAUAAAGGCCUUGAUAAGACCAUGUUUUCCACUUUAUAUAACAACACAAAAGAUAGCCAGAUAGGUAUUAAAAGCUCAGGAUCAGCUUUCUUGUAUUUCUGUCACCCAUAUGGUACCUUCAGACUUAAUCCAACAUAAACAUGUUUGUGUGAGUUUUCAAUGGACGAACGAAUCUUGCUAAGAAAAAAAAUAUGGAUUUUGAUCGCAUAGUUUCAUUUA